AUUGACCUCAUCAACGCUCAGAUGCUCACUGUGAGUAGCUCCUCGUGGACGACCUUGCCAGAAAUGGAUUCAAGACCAUCGCGAUUGACUACCUUAAUGGUGAUCCGUUCCCUGUCGACGUCCUCACCGGCGGCAAUCACGAUAUUAAUGCCUGGAUCGUUAAACACGGGAACGACCAGACCCGGCCCAACAUCGAUAGGGUGGUUGCUGUACUCAAGGAACAGGGUGUGAAGGACUUUGGUUCUACUGGUUACUGCUUUGGUGCGCGGUACGGCUUUGACCUCGCAUUUGAGAACAUCACGAAAGUCACUGUCGUCUCUCACCCUUCGCUUCUCAAAGUUCCCGAGGAUCUUGAGAAAUACAAGAAGCUGUCCAGAGCCCCUCUCCUGAUCAACUCCUGCACGGUCGACCAACGGUUCCCCAGGGAAUACCAGGCAGAAGCAGAUAGGAUCCUUGGAGACGGUGAGCAAUUUACGGCAACCUACCGCCGUGAAUACUUCGAGGGAUGCACACAUGGCUUUGCCAUUCGUGGUGAUGUGUCCAAGCCGGAGGUUAAGGCGGGUAAGGAGGGCUCCUUUAAGGCUACUGUGCUAUUCUUCAAAAAUUAUUUGUAAGCGAGGGAUUUCAUGGUCGGUCCAGGAGUUCUUCGGAAUGUACAGAGCAAUGUUUUCUUUAUUUCGAAAUGUAAGCACCUCAUAAAUUUGAGGGACUACCUCUUUCUGGAGAUACAUGACGAAAAACC